UGUUGUCAGCAUCAAUGCGACUCCUGCGUGAGCAUGUGAGCAUGUGAGAGCCGGCAAGUGAGGCGGCGUUUGCCUUGUUUGCACUGCCGACGUCAACGGUCCGGGGUGCUUUCCUCAGCACCACGACACGUACGACACAAUGCGCACAUGAAGCCGUGACAUGCAUUCCAAUGGGCGCGUCCGACUCCAAACUCACCUUCAAGCAGGGCAUAUUCCGCCUGUCGGAGCCCAAGCAGAUCCCCGCCGACGAUGCGUACUGGACCGGCUUCUGGGAGCUGCCGGAGAGCACUGAGGAUGUCUUCUCGCUGUUCUCACCAGCCGACAUACGGCGCACGCGCGACAACAACCUCGCCAACCUCGAGACGCUGAUCCUCGCCGUCACCUCACGUCUUGUCGUCCUGCGCAACCACCCCUCCUUCCCCGACCCUGAGCUUGCGCCGGAGCGCGAUGCCCUCAAUUGCAUACGAGUGUUAACGCGCAUACUGCCCUUCAUAUACGAAGCCGAUCACCUGGAAUCAUGGGAAGAUACCUUCUUCUGGGCGGAGCGGAGAAAGCGCAGCCGGCGAGGGCAGUUGCGCAAGAGCGAGGUCAUCUUCGACGAGUCUGACCCUGACCCAACGCCAACCGAGGCCGAGCCAGAAUUUACAAAAGCCAAGCCGCUGGCCGAGGAAAUCAUAGACACCUUGAUCGACCUGUUGUUCUUCUCCGAGUUCACGCUGCCCAAGGUCCCCGCUGGCAAGAACAAGGUGUCAUACGCGAUAUGGCAGAGCGGCGUUGGCUGCAACACGCCCGUGGCCUCGACGAAGGAGUUUGAGAGCAACCGCACGGAGAUCUUGCGACUGUUGCUUGCAUUUGCGAGCAAGUCCAUGUACAUGUCAGCUGCCAUCCUGCCAGUAAAGGGAGUCAAGGCCAUCACAUACAUUGCCACGUGCCCAGAGAAGCAAGUGGUUCUGUCAGUACUCUGCUCAAUGCUGAAUACGACACUGAAAUACAACCCUGCAACGUGGCGCGUUCCGUACGACCAUGUCGUUUUCAAAGAUCAGAGGCAGAUUCUGGUCACAUAUUGCCUACAGUUGCUUCUGGUGCUGAUCUUGUAUCCCAUACCCGAGGCUGGCAAUGGUCCUGCGCCGAAGAACUUCUUCAGACAUUUCCUGGGUCGCCUGCAUCGCCCACAGGACUUCCAAUUCCUUGUCGAUGGUAUGACGAGGAUUUUGAACCAACCUCUGCAAGCGAACUCCACGUACCUCCCCGGCAGCCACAAGUCGUUGACAUGGGCGCCUGAGAUGAUUAUGCUGUUCUGGGAAGCAUUGCAAUGCAACAAGCGUUUCCGCUCCUUCAUCAUUGAUACCGACAGAGCCCAUGACUUUGUGGUGCUGGUACUAUACUAUGCAAUUGACCAGCGCAACGAUCCUUCAAAGCAAGGAUUGGUGCGCAUGUGUGUCUUUGUGCUGCAGACGUUGAGCGUGGAACCUCAGUUUGGCAGAAGCCUCAACAAAACUUUCGAGGGACAAGAAUCGCUGCCACCGAGCAUACGGAUACCAAACUUUCAUGGCACCUACGCGGAUUAUGUUAUUACAUCCAUCUACACACUGCUCACUACAGGCAAAGGGAAACUGGAACCGAUAUACCCGGCCCUGCUCGCCAUUCUGAACAACAUUGCUGCUUAUGUGCAGGACUUGGGGCGUGCAUCUAGCUCGAAAUUGUUGCAGCUCUUUGCGUCCAUGUCCUCGCCCAGCUUUCUCUUGGCCAACGACAACAAUCACACCCUCCUGAACUCUUUGUUGGAAGCGAUCAAUGCUAUAGUCGAACACCAGUACCAGUAUAACCCCAAUCUUGUAUACGCGAUCGUAAGAUCUAAGAAGAAGUUUCAAGGACUCCGCGAUUUCACACUCGAAAGCGGGCAAGAGGAACUCGAGCGCCAGAAUCAGCUGCGCAAAGAUGGCAACGGAGCGGAACUAUCGAGGCAGACAUCCAUCGAUAGUCUACGAAGUCCUACGGGUGCCCGAACACCGUCGUUGGGCAAUGUCCCAGAAGAAAACAGCGCAUUUGCUAUUGGCAGCGACGACGAUUCUGAUGCGGAACAGGCGAGUCCACCACCACAGUCGACAUCACCGGCGCAACCGCCAUACUCGGGCGGAUCGCGUGGUGCAUCGCGAAGCGCAUCGAUAGCCUCGUCGAUUGAUGAGACUAUGCCUAUGCAAUUACGAGGAAUGUCCGAGAAAGCGCGUGGCAAGAUGCCUGUCGGCCAGCCCACCUUUUCGCGGCAGAACAGCAUGACAAGCCUUGCCAGCAUGAACGUCGCACCUGGUCUAGGCGCGAACGAGUUCUUCACACCUUCCGUCCCAUGGCUCGAAUCAUGGCUCUCCGAGCUCCCUCUUCACACAACUCUCAUGCUAAUCCAAACUCUCACGCCACUCCUCUCGUCCAGCACCGACACCACCACAGCCCUGAACGUGAUCAAGACCACCACCAUUCCCUCCAUUGAGCCGUCGCCCGUCCGCGUGCAUCUCUUUGAGUGGUCAACCCUCAGCCUUGGCUGGUAUGAAUCGCUGCUGUGGGGCUUUGUGUUCACAAGCGAGAUGGUAGUCGCUAGGGGCACUGCAGGCGUCUGGAACAACACCAGCAUCAGACUCUUCAGGGUCCAGCAGGGCGAGAGCCAGACGCCGAGUUUGCUGGCACCCAGAGGCGCAGUCGAUGCUGUGGGCAGCAAUCUGGUGCAGCGAAUUGGGAGCUUGAACCUCAGAGGAGCAAUACCCGGCGCCAAUCAGACGCAGGCACCGGCGGGCAGGCCCAGUGGGGGUGGCGGCGCGCAAACAGGUGUCAGAGACGUCUAAACCACCAACGGCGUUCCCAACCACA